UCUCCUCCAACCCUCUUAGCUAUAAAUACUCAUCUAAUCACUUAUCAUUUCUUACAUUUUGUACCAAAGUUUAUCACCUUGUUUGUGCUUUCUCACUAAUUUACUUUUUCAUAGAUUUUGUUUGAGAAGAAAGAAAAUGUUGGCAAUUUUCAAGAAAAGUGUGGUUGAUCCACCAAUGGAGCUGCAGAGCCCAGCCUCUUUGCAAUCAUCAAACAAGGCUGUUUCCCCUGAAGAGACUAUGAAGAAUUUCUUAGCUUCAAAUACCAACAAUGGGUUUUCUAUUGGAUUCAUGGACAAGGCAUUCUUGGCCUAUUCCAAACCUCCAUCCUCAUCAAAUGCUCAACAAAGGUUGUUCUGUGGGUUGAAUGACAUAUACUGCAUUUUCUUGGGAAGCUUGAAUAACUUAUGGGCACUAAACAAGCAGUAUGGUCUGUCAAAGGGUACCAAUGAGGCCAUGCUUGUGAGUGAAGCAUAUCGUACCCUUCGUGACAGAGGUCCAUUCCCAGCUCAUGAGGUUCUCAAGGGACUUGAGGGUAGCUAUGGCUUUGUGAUCUAUGAUCAUAAGGCUGGUAAUGUCUUUGUUGCCCUUGGUGCUGAUGAAACUGCAAAGAUGUUCUGGGGAAUAGCAUCUGAUGGAUCUGUCAUGAUCUCUGAUAAUGUGGAUCAUAUCAAAGGAAGCUGUCUCAAAUCAUUUGCUCCCUUCCCAACCGGGUGCAUGUACCACAGUGAAAGUGGAUUGAAGAGCUUUGAGCAUCCAAGUUUCAAGAUGAAAGCAAUGCCAAGAGUGGAUAGUGAAGGAGCCAUGUGUGGAGCUUGCUUCAAAGUUGAUGUCUACUCCAAGCUUACAAAGGAGGACGCAGAGAAAGCUGAGCAGGUCAUCUCAUCUUUGUCACCAGAUGAGUUGGAAAGAAUGAUCCAGAAGCUGAGGUUGGGUCUGAGCUUCUAGCACGACGGAAAAAUUAGUCUGAAUAGAAUAUACUGGUGAGUCUUACACUAGUUCCAUCAAAAACUCGUGUUUCAGAUAUUUAUUUUAAACAUUUUUUACACUUGUAUAAACUGCUCUUGGAUGCUCCUACUUACACUGAACUGUUUUUUUCUUGCUCUCUGUUUUGAACUGUUACUAAAGUCUUUUAGUAUUGCUAGAUCUGUCAUUGCUAUGGAGAAUGUCAUUGUUGUAUUUUACAUGGUACAUGAUUUCAUUUACCCUCUAUUCUACGUUACAAGGUCAAAUGUUAUUCCAUCAUUCAAGCAAAAGCAAAAGUACAAAGCCAAGUAAACGUUGAUAUAGACAUGCAACUGAUUUAUAGAAGAUAUAACUUAAAUAAUUGUACAACCCCUAACCUCCACAAAAAUAAAAAACUAAAAAAAGGAUAUGAAGAUCACAUAAUGGCUAGCUUGGCAAAGGCGUCUUUUAAACAGGAGUAGCAGCAAACUCUAGGAUCUCUUUGUUAGUCUGAAAUAAUGACAUAUCAAUUUCUGUCAAAGUGAUUAGUGUGUUUAUCCUGUCUCUACUUGGGUCAUCCAAGAAAGUUAAGUUGUUCUUCAUUGGAUUUUUUGGUGGAGUCACCCUUGUAGGGCUACCCCAUUCAAUAUCAACCUAAUAUAGCCUAAUGGCACAAGCUGGCACAAAGAUAAAAAUCAUAGUUAUGUCUAAUGUGAUCUUACCUGCUGGCUCUAAUAUGAUUUCCAUAAGUGAACGUGAGGCUAGCUGAUAUCGAGGAUGUUGUUUAGCCUUGCAUAGCUGAGCAACGAAGUGGGGCACUUGUAUCUCAUCUUCUGUCGCUGCUCUUGUAUUAAAGAAAUGAACAUCAUUUCCAAUGGUGUUUAGGGGCAAUGGUGGAUGUAAAUUCAUUAGAUGGCACGAUAGAGAUGGUAUGAAUAUGCCUGAAUUAUUUGCCUUGGACGCUGCCCUUCCACAUUCAUGUAUAAGUGCUGUGGCAACUUCAAAUCGAGUUGGAUUCUGCACUCCUAGAUUCAUUGAAACUGUAUCCUUGAGUCUGCCUAAACUAGAGGAUGAGAAACGGUACAUUUUUGACACACGCGGUUGAUGCUGAUCACGUUGAACAUCAGGCACAGCAUACUGAAGGAUCAUCCAUUAGUAGGAAGAAAGAAUUCACAUCAAACUGGGAGAUGGUUUGAAAUCAGUCUCUCGAGUUAUAGCAGCAUAAUCAUUGAGGAACUUAGAGAUACACAUGCAUCAACAAUCUUAUGUGAUAUGCAUACACUGACCGCUAUGCCACCAUAAUCAAAAUGGCUUAAUUGGACCACUAGUGGCCUUCUGUCGUUGAAUGAACUAGGAGUCCUCCAAGGCAAGUCUUGUGAGUACACUGAAUCUGUAGCAAGGUUUGAGAAUUUCAGACAUUGGACAACUGACUCGGACAUUUAGAUACUCAACACCAAUGUCAUUGCAAUCAACAUAGAAGCGUUUAUCAUCCAUGAUUAAUCUUCCGGCAAA